UGUCUCAACAUGCCUGCUGCUGAAGAGUUGAUCUGAUGACAGAAUCAUUUCUUAACCUGCAGGGAAUCCAGUGAGAGAUCAGCCAGGAGAGUUGGUUUGCACCAAACCAUUUCCUUCAAUGCCAGUCUUUUUUCUCAAUGACACUGGACUCAAGUACAGGUCAACAUAUUUUGGCAAAUUCCCCCACAUCUGGGUUCAUGGUGAUCUAUGCAUGAUCACCACUGAUCCCCCAGGAAUUGCAAUGCUUGGGCGCAGUGAUGCCACUUUGAAUCCAAAUGGAGUAAGAUUUGGAUCUGCUGAUAUUUACCACAUUGUGGAGACAUUUCCUGAAGUUGCUGACAGCGUUUGUGUGGGUCAAGUGAACAAAGCAGGGGAUGAAAGAGUUGUUUUGUUCCUGAAACUGGCAGAUGGAGUUGCUAGUCUCUCUGAAGAUUUGGUCCAACGCAUGAAAAGAUCCAUCAGGGAAGAAUUGUCACCGAGACAUGUUCCAGCUGUUGUAAUGGCUGUUCCAGAUAUUCCUUACACCAUCAAUGGGAAGAAAGUUGAGCUGGCAAUAAAACGGAUAAUUUCUUACAACCCUGUGAUGGCCGCGGAAGAAAAUCUCUCAUCUCUCGCAAAUCCGGGUUCGUUGCAAUUCUUUAGAGGAUCCACUGACCUCAAAUUAUGGGCAAUAAACGAAAAAUGAGAAAUCAGUGCAAAA